AUGCUGGCAGCACUUCGAUCGACCCGAGCCAAGCUCCCCAAGGUCAGUUCAUCCACACUCUUACCAAAUCGAGUCCCUCACUGACCCUUGCACUUCCUCGACCACCACCUCAUCCGACCCGAUCGUCGCCGAACGCCCUUCCCGCGAUCAAACUUCAGGCUUCGACCCUGUCCCAGCAACGCCGUCACCUCUCGAUCCAUGAAUACCUUUCCAUGAACCUGCUCAACCAAGUCAGUCUCCCACAACCCACAACCCACAACCCACAACCCACAAACCCCAACCCAUCUCGUCGCCGAAUGCCGGCGCACACGAGACAACUGACCCCCCCCCCGACUAUGGGUGCCUCACCUGCAGUACGGCGUCCCGACACCGAAAUCCAAACCCGCCUUUUCGGCCGAUGAGGCGUUCCAGGUCGCCAAGAACUUUGGUCAGUUCAUCUUCUGGGAGACGGCAAGGCCGCGAGCGCAGAGUGGCCAAAUCCCCACUCUCUGCUCGCCUCCUUCCCCGAGUUGGCACACCCUUCGCUGGCCUUUCACCCAACCCACUCACACCAUCCACCACACUCCCCAGGUGCUGACAAGCUGGUGAUCAAGGCCCAGGUUCUGGCCGGCGGUCGAGGCAAGGGUCACUUUGACGGAAAGGACGGACUCAAGGGCGGUGUCCAGAUGGUCGAUUCGUGCGUCGCCUCUCGCCCCGCACACCCUUCCCGUGCUCAUCAUUGGACUCUGACCGUCUUUUUAUACCUACCCAACAGGCCCGAACAAGCACAAACGUUCGCCGCGCAGAUGAUCGGCCACAAGCUCAUCACCAAGCAGACCGGAGCCGCAGGACGAGCGUGCAAUGCCGUGAGCUCUUGGGCUGGUACCUCGUCUCUCUGGCACAACUUGCUCACGUUCGAUCCCUACCACAGGUCAUGUUGGCCGAGCGAAGAAAGCCCACGCACGAGUACUACGUCGCGAUCCUCAACGACCGAGGACUCGGCGGACCCGCAUUGGUCGCAUCGAGGCAAGGUGGAAUGAAGUCAGUCCCUCGUUCGCACCAUCCUCGUCCCUACCGAAUACUCAACCGCGAACCCUCUCUCUCCUCUCACAGCAUCGAAGAUGUCGCGCGCGACGACCCCUCGGCGAUCCUGACCGUCCCCAUCGACUUUGAGCAAGGUCUCUCCCACUCGGCCGCGUUAGAAACCGCCCAGAAGCUCGGUUUCGAAUCCGCGAACCAAGACAAGGCCGCCGACGUCUUUGUCAAGUUGUUCAAACUCUUCAAAGAGAAGGACGCGACCCAAAUCGAGAUCAACCCUUUGGCUGAGGUCGAGGGUGGCGAUGUGCUGUGCAUGGAUGCCAAGCUGGGCUUCGAUGAGAACGCCGAGUUCCGACAAGAGGUAAGGAGAACCAGCGUCGCUGUCAAGAAGUAUAAGGCAUACGUGCUAAAGUCAAUGUCCUCUUGCAUUUCGGUUUCGCACAGGACGUGUUCAAGCUACGCGAUUUGACCCAAGAGGAUCCCGCCGAAGUCGAAGCGGCCAAGUACGGCCUCAACUUUAUCAAACUCGACGGAUCGAUCGGCUGCCUCGUCAACGGUGCCGGUCUCGCGAUGGCCACCAUGGACGUCUUGAACCUCAACGGUGGGAAAGCCGCCAAUUUCCUCGACGUAGGAGGAGGCGCUACGGCCGAAGCGGUCAAGAACGCUUUCGAGUUGAUCCUGUCGGAUAAAGGAGUCAAGUCGAUUUUCGUCAACAUCUUUGGCGGUAUUAUGAGGUGUGAUGUGAUUGCGGAGGGGAUCAUCAUGGCUGCGAAGGAGCUCGAGUUGACGAUCCCUUUGAUCGUGAGGUUGCAAGGCACCAAGGAGGUCGAGGCGAAGAAGUGAGUUCAUCUGAGCAGGAUUGUCGUGAGGUUCUUGGACUGAUCCUCGGAGAGUUUUGUUUUGGUCGUGCUUUUUUUCAGGUUGAUCAAGGAGAGUGGGAUGAAGAUCUUUGCGUUUGACGGACUGGACGAGGCCGCCACCGCUGCCGUCAAGGCCGCUGCUUAA